AUGGAUAUCCCUUCAGGCUUCAAGGGAAAUUUGAGCAGCAACAGGAGUCAAGGGGAUCAUACUCUCUUUAGUAAACACUCGGACGCAGGGGGAGUUAAGGCUCUUUUGGUAUAUGUCGAUGACAUAAUUGUGAUAGGAAAUGAUGAGAAGGAGAAGGAAGCCCUGAGAAAAUUCUUAAUCAAAGAAUUUGAGAUAAAAAAACUAGGAAGAUUGAAGUACUUCCUGGGAAUUGAAUUAGCCCAUUCAAGAGAAGGCAUUUUCAUUUCACAACAGAAAUAUGUAACUGAUCUUUUAAGGGAGACGGGGAAGCCAGCAUGUAAACCAAGCUCCACACCAAUCGAUCCAAAUCACAAACUCGAGGAAGCAAGUGAAGAUCCAGCCGUUGACAAGGAACAAUACCAGAGAUUAGUAGGGAAACUUAUAUACCUUGCUCACACAAGGCCAUACAUUGCAUAUACCGUGAGCGUGGUUAGCCAAUUUAUGCACAACCUAAGAGAAGUUCACCUACAUGCAGUCUACAGAGUACUACAUUAUCUAAAAACUAGUCUUGGCAAGGAAAUUUUAUUGAAAAGGAACACUGGAUUAGUCUUGGAGGUAUACACUAAUGCAGAUUAUGCAUGCUUACCUAUUGAUAGAUGUUCCACCACGAGUUAUUGUACUUUCCUUGGAGGCAACCUUGUAACAUGGAGAAGUAAGAAACAAAAUGUGGUAGCUAGAUCGAGUGCGGAGGCAGAGUUUAGAGCAAUGGCUUAG